AUUUUUUCUGAUAUGGCAAAACAUCAAAAGACGGCACCCGUAAAUAACGUCAUGUAAACAAAAUGAUUUUACGGCGACUAUCGAGGAUUUUGUUAAGAAUUCUUGGAUGUUUUAUCGUAGUUGUAAUUUACAAUGAAUUCAUAAAUUAUUACGUAACAUUAGCGCAGUGUAAUUGGCCCAGCACAGUACGAGCGGAUCAUGUAAAGGCGAUAAUAGUCGCAGACAUUCAUAUGCUGGGACCAUUUAGAGGACAUUGGGCUGAUAAGCUACGUAGAGAAUGGCAAAUGCAUCGAGCGUAUCAAACUAGCAUCACAUUAUUUCGUCCGGAUGUUGUUUUCAUUUUGGGUGACCUAUUCGAUGAAGGACAAUGGGUUGAUGGCAAACAAUUUCAAGAAUACGUACAAAGGUACCGGCGUUUGUUUUACACAGAUCCACAAAGGACUCGAGUGUUUGGCGCAUUAGGAAAUCAUGACAUUGGAUUCCACUACGUCACUUCGCCUCGACUGAUUAAUCGUUUCGAAAAUGUUUUCAACAACACCGACGAUACAGUGUUGGUCACGGUGAAAGGGGUUCAUUUCGUCCUAAUCAAUUCAGUGCGAAUGGAAGGCGAUGGUUGUCACCUAUGCCAGGAAGCGGUGAAGAAAGUCGAAAACAUUUCGUCAACGCUAAAAUGUGCACAAGGUCUAACCAAAUGUAAAAACAAAGAUGCGAUCGGAGCAUACAGUCGACCGGUGCUUUUACAACAUUUUCCGACAUACCGUCCCACCGAUUCAAAUUGUUUGGACAGCGAUAGCGAAGAAUUUGAAGCAUACCGGGAACGAUGGGAAGUGUUGUCGAUCGAGUCGACUAAAUGGUUAGGGAAAAUGUUGAAUCCAAGAGUUGCGUUCAGUGGUCAUUCGCAUAACUAUUGUCGCGUGAAAAAUCUGCUAGACAUCGAAGAGUACACCAUUUCGUCGUACAGUUGGCGUAAUAAAAACAAUCCGAAAUUUUUACUGGCACUUUUCACGCCGAAUGACUACCACGUCGCUGUUUGUGGUAUGCCACAGGAAUCUACAGUUUUUGCGAUUUAUGCGGUCGGAUCCAUUGUGUCCGUACUGCUCGUUUUAUACAUUGAAUUCCGACCACGUACUUACGAACAUUAUACCAAAGUACAAGGAAAAUUGAGUUAAAUAAAAAAGAAAAUUUUGUUGCCUUUAUUGUUACAAACA